AUGCCUCCAUGCCGAAGCGCACGCGGCAAGGGAAAGGAGAAACUUAGCGACGAUGAACCGAUGGAAGACCCCCCGUAUGUCGCAUGGAUGAAGGAGCAGCAAAAGCAGGGGAAGCCGUCCCCUACCAUUGCAAAGGCAAAGUGCGACUCUGCUGGCGCCAGCACUAGCAGCGGUCCCGGGCAUGACUACGACGAAACUGGGGGCGACACGGACGUCAGCGACGACGAGCUUGAGGAGAUCGUGUCGGAAUCGGACAGUGAUGCCGAUUCUGACAACUACAAGGCCGGCAGUGACGACGAAGAGGAAGAUUCGGACGGUGCCAAAGUAGGAAGCGGUGACGACCGCAGCACACGUCGAUCGAAGAAGGAGAAGCGCCCGUCGGCGAAGCGCAACAAACGACAGUGGUCGGACGCAGAGCUGACAUCACUCGCGGCCGCCCGUUGGAACACGAAGGACGACCUGAAGGCGAUGCAAGGGAAGCAAGGGAGCCAGUACUGGAAGAAGCUGCGAGCUCAUAUGGUUGAGAGGGACGCCACGUGGAACCGCGAUGAGGGGCAGAUGUCGAAUGCGUGGAAACGCCUCGAGAAAAAACUUCAAGACUCCACGCAACUACUUGUCGCCGCCAUGGCUGGCUUACGACAGCAGAUGGCCAGUCCGCCCGUACCACCUGCGGCGCCCGCGACUACGCCGCCACCAGCACCGCCUGCAGACGCAAGCAACGCCAACAUGGCGGGGUCGGAGGAUGUGGCGGAGCAGCACGAGCCUUAG